AUGAUCCGUAAUUUUUCUCUCGCCUUCGCGUUGUUGCCCCUCUGUGUGUGUUUGGCGGUCGAGCAAGAGAAAGAGAUGGCAGACAACGACAUUGAUAACGCGGCGGAUCUGCUGGACUAUGACGAGGAGGAGAAUACCACUGAAGCGGCGGCUCAGAACGACGCGGGCGGGGCAGAGAACGCCACUAAAAAGCAAGUGAAAGGGAGCUACGUUUCCAUCCACUCGUCCGGCUUUCGCGACUUCCUCCUCAAGCCGGAGCUACUGAGGGCCAUCGUGGAUUGUGGCUUCGAGCAUCCUAGCGAGAGUACAGACGAGUGCAUACCGCAGGCGAUCCUUGGGAUGGACGUGGUGUGCCAGGCCAAGAGCGGCAUGGGGAAGACGGCCGUGUUCGUCAUUGCCACUCUCCAGCAGCUGGAGCCUACUGAUGGACAAGUCAGCGUCAUCGUCAUGUGCCACACCAGGGAGCUGGCGUUCCAGAUCUACAAAGAGUACGAGAGAUUCAGCAAAUACUUUGACAACAUCAAGACGUCGGUCUUCUUUGGAGGGAUCAGCAUCAAGAAGGACGAGGAGGUGAUGAAGACCAACUGCCCCCACAUCGUGGUGGGGACUCCGGGGAGGAUCCUGGCCCUGGUCCGCGACAAGACCCUCAAUCUCAAGCACAUUAAGCACUUCAUCCUCGAUGAGUGUGACAAGAUGCUGGAACAGCUCGACUUCCCCCCUCCCCCUGCAGACAUGCGUCGAGAUGUCCAGGAGGUGUUCAAGAUGACACCCCACGAGAAGCAAGUCAUGAUGUUUUCUGCCACUCUGCCCAAGGAGAUCCGACCCGUUGCCAAGAAGUUCAUGAAUAAUCCAAUGGAGGUCUACGUCGACGACGAGACGAAACUCACUCUCCACGGACUCCAGCAGCACUACGUCAAGCUGCAGGACAAGGAGAAGAAUAGGAAACUCUUCGACCUCAUGGAUGCUCUAGAAUUCAACCAGGUGAUCAUCUUUGUCAAGUCAGUGCAGAGGUGUAUUGCUCUGUCUCAGCUGCUGGUGGAGCAGAACUUCCCAGCCAUCUGCAUCCACCGUGGAAUGCCCCAGGAGGAGAGGUUGGCCAAGUACCAGGCGUUCAAGAGCUUCCAGAAGAGGAUAAUGGUCGCAACUGAUCUGUUUGGGCGUGGAAUGGACAUCGAGCGAGUGAAUAUUGUCAUCAACUAUGACAUGCCUGAGAGCUCUGACACCUACCUCCACAGGGUCUGUCUGUCUGUCACUAAUGGCACCACAUCAUCCGCACUCCUGUAGUGUGUAUGUACCUCUACAGGCUCUGAGCACUAGUAGUCACUUGUGCCACCAUUUUUCUUUCUUCCCUGAAACCUCUGAGUAUGGGACACGUUGGAGGACACUUGAGUGUCCCUAUCUUCAGAACCGUACCGCACUAUUGUGUUAGUAUAGAGAACCAAAUGCCCUCUGUAGAAAGGUGUGCUUUUAUUAGAGCGUCCCGCACUAUUGUGUUAGUAUAGAGAACCAAGUGCCCUCUGUAGAAAGGUGUGCUUUUAUUAGAGCGUCCCGCACUAUUGUGUUAGUAUAGAGAACCAAGUGCCCUCUGUAGAAAGGUGUGCUUUUAUUAGAGAGUCCUUUUUCGGAGGUUUUUACAGUACAGGUAGCAGACUCUUUCAAAUUACAUACAUGUGUUUGCAGGUGGCCAGGGCUGGUAGGUUUGGGACGAAGGGUCUUUCGGUGACGUCGUGUCAGACGAGACGGAUGCCAAGAUACUGAACUCAGUCCAGGACAGGUUCGAGGUGAACAUCACCGUCCUCCCGGCAGAAAUAGAUGUCUCCUCUUACAUUGAAGGGAUGUGAACACUCAAGAACUAAUAAACUGAGCGUGCAUUAUAAUUUUGUCACACAUCUUACUCAAAAACUAAGCUGUUACUUGCUUGUACAAAACUUCUUUUCAUAUAACCAAAAAGACGGGGUGUGCAAG